UGUUGCAUAAUGUUGCCUUCUUUCAUCUUUCUCUUAGAUAUGCUGACCUUUGAGUUUUGCAUAUACUCUAGUAUAUAUAGGGAUUAAACCACUCUAAUCUAGCAAACUCACAGAAACAUCAUUCAAUAUUACCAAACUGUUAAAUCUUUCCUACUUUUCUUUCUUCAUUUAUUAAGAGCUUUUGAAUUAAAGAUGGGAACUAUAGUAGCCUUGCUAGCUACUUCCUUUGUUUUGCUUCUUGUUUCAUUUUCAUGGAGGUUAUUAAAUUGGCUUUGGUUAAAGCCUAAGCAUCUGGAAAUGCAAUUGAGGAAGCAAGGGUUUUCUGGAAAUCGUUAUCGCUUGUUGUAUGGAGACAUGAAGGAGAGUUCAAAGAUGGCGAAGGAGGCCAUAUCAAGUCCAAUCGAAAUAUCCGAUGACAUUGUACCUCGUGUUCAACCUUUCACUCAUCAAAUUGUUAAGAAUUUCGGUAAGAAUUCUUUUGUAUGGUUUGGACCUGUACCAUGUGUGAAUAUCAUGGAACCUCAGAUGAUAAAAGAAGUAUUAAUGAGGUAUGAGGAGUUUCAGAAGCCAAAUAUAAACCCUAUUCUCAAAAUGUUUGUGAAAGGGCUUGUUGUAUAUGAAGGUCAAAAAUGGGCUAAACACAGAAAGAUCCUCAACCCUGCUUUUCAUAUGGAGAAGUUAAAGGACCUUCUUGGAAAAUUUUAUGUAAGCUGUGAUGAUAUGAUCAGCAAAUGGGAAGAUAUGGUGUCAACCACCGGAUCGUGCGAGUUAGAUGUUUGGCCAUGCCUUGAUAACUUAUCGAGUGAUGUCAUCUCAAGGGCGGCAUUUGGUAGUAGUUAUGAAGAAGGGAAGAAGAUAUUUAAGCUCCAAAAAGAGCAAAGUACAAUGGCGAUGAAAUUGAUUCAGCAAGUCUACAUUCCUGGACUAAGGUUUUUGCCAACUAAGACGAACAAGAGGAUGAAGGAAAUCAAUAAGGAAAUGCGAGUUUUGAUGAAUAACAUCAUCACUAAAAGAGAAAACCAAAUGAAGAUGGGAGAAACUUGCAACGAUGACUUGUUGGGGAUUUUGUUGGAAUCUAGUUUGAAAGAAGCCCGAGAACAAGGAUACAGGAAGAAUGCUGGUCUAACAAUUGAAGAGAUAGUUGAAGAAUGUAAAUUAUUUUACCUUGCAGGAAGAGAUACAACUUCGGUCUUGCUUGUGUGGUUGAUGGUUCGAUUGGGAAAGCAUUUGGAUUGGCAAGCUCGUGCUAGAGAGGAAGUUUUACGCGUUUUUGGUCAGAACAAACCAGAUUACAAUGGAUUGAACAACUUGAAAAUUGUGACAAUGAUAAUAAACGAGGUCCUGAGAUUAUAUCCUCCCGUAAUUCUGAUGUAUCGUAUGAUCCACAAACCAACCAAAAUCGGGGACAUUUUGCUGCCACCAGGUGUACAAAUCUCAGUACCAACUAUGUUAGUUCAUAAUGAUCCUAAACUAUGGGGUGAGGAUGCCACUGAGUUCAACCCCGAGAGAUUUUCUGAAGGUAUAGCUAAGGCAACCAACAGCCAAGUUAUAUACACGCCUUUCGGUUGGGGUCCAAGAAUAUGUAUUGGGCAGAACUUUGCCAUGCUUGAAGUUAAGAUGGCUUUGGCAAUGAUCUUACAACGUUACUCAUUCGAGCUUUCGCCGUCUUACUCUCAUGCGCCAUUCCUCGUUAUGAACCUUCAACCCCAACAUGGCGUUCCCAUGAUCUUGCGAAAAAUAUAAAAAUCUAUCAAAUGAUGACAAACAUGUGUGAAAAUAAGUACUUGUAUAAUGUGUACUACUUUUAAUUUACCAGUUCAUGUAACUGUGUGCUCGUGAUGCUUGCCUUUUCAGAUUGUUUUCUUAAUUGAGUGUAUUAUAUCAAAGAGUAUAAGAAAUGCUAAAUAAAUUCUUAGUAUCAAAUAAAUAGUCGUCUUGUGUUAGUUGUAAGUAGUGAACGACAUGCUAGACAAGGACUAAAGUGAUUAGAGAUGCUUCUGUUAGAAUAAUAUAUGUAAAUAUUCAUUGUCAAUAUUAUAUUGACAAUAUAUUUACAUAUAUUAUUCUAACAGCUUCUAACUUCUAGGAAGGGCUCCUCAUCUAGGCCUCAAUAGGUAGAUUACAAAACGGAAAACCAAGUUUUAUACCUAUCUUUUGGAUUAUUAAAGCAAUUCCCUGCCCUCCAAAUACGGUAAAUAAGCCAAAAAGG